AUGGCUGACCAAACCAAAUUCCACCUUGCCCUUGCUGUCAACAACAUCAAGCAUUUCAUCUUUAUCACUUUAGAAAUGGACAAAGGUCAUUAUUCUUCAUGGGCAGAGUUGUUCAAAAUCCAUUUUCGAGCAUACCAAGUUCUCGAUCACAUUCUCCCACCUACAUCUCAAUCAAUUGACACUAAUACGGAAACAAUUGUUGAAGUCGAUUUUGCACUUUGGUCUCGCUUGGGCACUAUCGUGCUUCAAUGGAUUUAUAGCACUAUCUCCAACGAUCUUCUCCACACCAUCUUGCAAUCAGACUUCACUGCACAACAAGCAUGGGAACGACUGCAAAAUAUCUUCCAAGACAACAAACCCUCAUGCGCUGCGUACUUGGAGAAUCAAUUCACCCACGUCCAUAUGGACGACUAUCCCAACAUCUCGGCAUACUGCCAAGAGCUCAAAAUGCUUGCCGAUCAACUAUCUAACGUUGGUGCACCGGUGUCAAAUCAAAGACUAGUUCUUCAACUAAUUGCAGGUUUAAAUGAGAACUAUGAUGGGGUUGCUACUUUCAUUCAGCAGACUAAUCCUUUACCCCGUUUCUAUAAGGCACGAUCAAGGUUAAUCCUUGAAGAAACUCAUAAAGCAAAGCAAGUCGCCUCCACCGUCAACAAUGUCAGCACUGCUCUACUCAUAACCAAUAAUUCCAGUGAUGUCGUCUCCAAUGUUAACCACAUCAACAAUUCCAGCACUCAUCCUUUCUCUACUCAUGGCAACAAUGGCCUGAAAUGUGGCCCAAAUCGGGGACGAGGACGCAAUAAUGGUGGUCGUGGCAGAGGUCGUAACAACACCCACCACCACAAUGGUCAACAAUACGGCGGACCAUCACACCAACGACCAUGGCAAAAUCAACAGUCCCAGUGGACGUCAUACCCACCGUGGGGACCUUGGGGACCACAAACAUGGGUUGCACCUCGUUGCCCUUACCCUACAUAUUCAUGGGCUACUCCACAACCUCCUACACGUCAGCCCGAAAUCCUCAGCAAUCGUCCCAACAGGCAUUCGCAGCUAAUGGACCUCCUUCACAACCAACACCCACUAACAUUAAUGCAGCAAUGCACACUUUAUCUCUGA